GCGGCGCGCCGGUCCGUCGGUCGGUCGGUCGGUGGUGAAAUUGAUGCCGCGCGCGGACGGGAUGAAUAACUUCUGCUGAAUGUCGGAGGAUAUUCAGUGGGAUUGUCCGUGUGUCUGUGUGCGUGUGUGUGUGUGUGUUGCGCUCAGAGCAUUUCAGAUUGUUCUUUGUUCCGACGGUCUUACGCAAGGAUCGCAUUACGCCGCAACGCGCAUCACCUGAGUCGCCUGCGUACCUGUGUUGUUAAACGCGCGACACGUGGGUGUGUGUAAUUCCGCUGACGAAUGACGAUGGGGAACGCGAGGUCGCAGCCUUGCCGAGGUCGCGGCAAGCCGCUCUACCUGUUCUACCUUAUCCACCGUACCUGGAGCAUCGUCGUGGAUCACCGAUCAUCCAAGGAUCGAGACCGGUGCGACGAGACCGACCGAGAGACCGACCUGUCGUCGAAGUGCAGCACCUGCAAUGCCUGCGAUUACCGACGGGACAGCCUCACCUUCGACAGCGAGUCGGAUAUGGCGCCGAACGCGGAGGAAGAGCUGCUGGUCGUGAAGCCGUGGGGACCGCAGCCGGAAAAGGAACGCUUAAGACCGCCCACGUACAAUGCAGAGGAUUACGCGAUCGCGCUGAGACGAUGGGGAAGGCGGCCGUUAGGCACUGUCCAGGACUCUCAAGGUACCCUGCCGUCGACAACCAGUUCGAGUUCCGGUUACGCAUCCGGAAGCGGCGAGAUGACCUUGAGACAGUUCACGUCGGUCAGCGAGCUGUUAAAUAAAUUGCGCGCUGAUCUCAGACUCGCCUUUCCGAGCUUCGUGCAGGAAUUCGCGUCGCCGCCGGCGGACGGGAUCACCCUGCUGCUGGAGACGCUGCGCGGCGUUCAACUGGCACAGAGCUCACCGCCGGGGCAGACCGGGCCCAGACUUGGCACCAGGAGGGCCGCCUUGGACGAAUUGGGCUGCGUGGAGUGCCUGGCCGCGUGCGGCGAACGUUGCGCGGACGCGCCGCGGCUGUUGGUGCAGGCGCAACCCGGCCUCCUGGCUCUCGCGGUCUGUCUGACCAGCAGCCUGAACCGGUCUCGGGUUCUGGCUCUUCAGCUUUUGACGAAAGUGUGCCAAGCGCCAGGUGGACACGCGGCUGUCUCAGAAGCAGUGUCGACCUUGAGGCUCAAAUACGGCGAGGGGGGGAGAUUCCGAUUUUUGGCGGGCGCCCUCUUAGCCCCCCGAGCGGCCAUCGCGCUGAGAGUCGCGGGUGUUUCAUUUCUGAACGCCUUUUUGAAAUCCGCGCCCCGCACGCAAACCAGAUUGUACAUUCAGGCUGAGGCCUGCGAAGCUGGGUUAGAGCCGCAGGUCCUUCAGGACUGGCUGGGUGACUUCGACGGGCACGAGGAAGACGCGUUGGCCGAGCUGCUGCACAAGGAGGUGCAGAAGUGGGCGCGCAAUUGCGUCGACGUGGACGCUCUGCAGCGUCGGGUGACGCGGGCCGAGGAGACCUGCCGGAUCCUCAGCAAGAAAGUAUCGCUGCUGCAGCUGCAGCUGCAGGAGAAGCGCAGGAGCGACUGCAAUCCGGGCCCGGAGAAGAGCGUGCCGGCGAUCCACGCGGACGCCGUCGUGAAGAGCCCGAAAGUCUCCUCGAACGCGGAGGACGAAGGCAUCAGCUCUUCGGAGAGAUCCAGCAGCCCGGAGGACUCGAAGCCGCGAGCGGCCGGCCGAAGGCCGAAGACUUCGCCGGCGCAGAGCAACGACCGGGAGACGACGAUCGACGACGUGAUCGAGGAGCUGCGGAUCAUCGUGAAGGACGCCGAAGAAGAGUUCAGCGACAAGACGCAGGAGUCGAGCCCCGAGGUUGUGUGCGUCCGCAAUCAGCAGGAAUCCAAGUCGAAGCUGUACAGGUCGAGCUCGAAGAUCUCGCUGAACAACUCCGAGAGUUACGUGUCUUUCGAGACCGCGAGGAAGGAGGCGCGCGCGGACGAGGAGUCGAGGACGAUGCUGCUGCGAUCGCAGGAUUGCCGCAGGCAGGUGAAGGCCGAGCAGGUGACUUACUUCGGCAACGAGCAGGACUCCAGCACGCACUCGAGCGCCACGAAGAGGCUGAGCCUGGACGACGGCCCGGUGCUGAGCAGGACGUCGAAGUCCUCGAUGGAGGGCAGCGUGAAGAUCGUCGUGAAGGGCCCGGACGUGGAGGAGGCGAUCGUGCCGGCGAUCCUGCACCCCCAGCCGCCGCGGAGGACGCCACCCUGCCUGUCGGCCAUCAUGGCCGCGUCGAGGCGGUGCGACCUCCACGUCGCCGCCACGUACAACUCCCACGAAGACGAGGAGGAGGCGGAGGAGGAGACCCUCGGCGACGGCAGCGACUCGUUGCUGAGCGCCUCCAGACUGAAGUAUCACAGCGGCAAGCAGCUGUACGACGAGCGGACGGGAAGCGGAAACGUCGAGCAGAAGCCGGCCAGGAGCGACACGGGGGUGCUGACGAUCGGCCAGGUGGAGCAGGUGAAGUUCCGUAAGAGCCUGGACGACCUGCGCCGCCUCGACGACGGCACGAAGGACACGGUGAGGAGCUACGAGAACGCCGGUUUCAAGUCGAGGCAGUUCGGCUCGAAGAACGGACUCCUCGAGACGACGUCCUCCGGCCGGUCCUCCGGCGAUCACCGCACCGGCACGGUUCACCGGCACGGCUCGAAGUACCGGAGCGAAGUGGAGAAACGGAAGUACCUGCGCCGCUCGGCUAGUCAGGACUAUCUCGAGUCGAACCUGUCGAGUCCGCGGUCGAGGCGGUCGGCUGGCCGAGUGGAGUGUCGCAUCAGGAAGUUCGAGAGUCUGAACUCCUUCGACGAGCAGCGCAGCCUGCAGAGUUACGGCAGGCCGGAGAGCGUCCUCGGCGGCAAACCGGAGCAGCCGCUGCUCCUGGCCGGGGCUCCCCCAGGCACGAAGACGGCCUCGAAGAUGCGCCGCUCGGAGUCCUUCCAUCACAUCUCCUCCCAUCCUCACGCGUCCUCGAGGAAGGAUCGACGCUCGUCGCGGGGCGAGAGCGACAGCGGGCUUAUUUACAUCACGGACUUCAACCUGGAGCCGCUGGUGGCCGCGAGGAGGCCGCGCUCCGUCGACACCCCGAAGUCGCCGAGUCUGCUGACGAAGUCCCUCGACAGGAUCGACGAGGGCCUCGACUCGAUGGUCGACAUCGUCAUCACGCAGGAGCGGAGCCAAGAGUGGAACGCCGAGAAGCAGCCAAGGUCGGCCGACGACGCUCCCGGCGAUGACUUCGAGAAGCAGCCGAGGCGACAGCUGAACCCCCAAGUCCUCCCCAAACCGAGGAGCCUGAGGAACGGUGAGGCGUACGAACGCAACAACAAUAAGCAGCUGAGAAGCGACGAGCUCUACGAGGAGGAGCGGCGGAACCGGGAGUGGAAUUACCAAAACGAAUUGAACUACAGAGCGAGGAACAGGGCCGAGGAUGUAAGUCCUGAAGACUCGCCCGUGAUUCUGCCGAAGAGCGGGCCGAGGCACAACUCGUUCCGCCACACGCAGGACAGGCUGGCCGGCAACAAGUUCUCCGGCAGGUCGAACGAGUCCGGGAUCUUCGCCGGGAGGACCUACGACACCUUCGGCCUCGGCAAGAGCCGCUUCAACGCGGGAAAGUACUCGGGGAACCAGCAGCUGAAGGAAAGCCCCGUCGGCCGCAGGAACACGACCUCCUCGCUGAUCGGCAAACGCGGCAAGGUGACGGAUGUCGUGUCCGGCCUUUACUGACCGCGUCGGGCGGCUCGAAUUUCCGAAGGACGUCUUGAGGAAGAGCGUCUUAAUCCUUAGAGCCACCGCUGGGAAAGUAUACUUCCCACUUUUUCCCUUGCAGAUCUUUCCCCCACGAACGAUUUUCAUCGCUGUAUUUGGACUGUUUUCGUUGUUCUUCUAAUAUUUCAGGGAUAGGUGAAGAGAAAAAAUUCGACGAAAUGCACGCUUUGUUAACUGACAAAAGUUGUAAAAGUUGCAAAUGUUGUAAAUAAGCAAAUUAAGAAAAAUGCCUGUUUUCUUAUUUUUUUAGAGGAAACAUUUUCCAGCGACUUUUCCAAAAUUUAGGUGCUAAAACUUACAUAUGGGGUAUUUUGAGGUCGCCGAUAGCGAAUCUGAUAUCAGAAUAAUUAUUGAAAUAACGGGUCAUUUUUCAGCGACACAUUCAGUGACAACUGGGAACAUAAAUUUAGUAUUUAUCGAAUAAAAUUGUUUCCAUACGUUUAUUUCAUUAUCUAAAAAAUAAA